UCGAAAUUAAGAUUGACGUCAUCGAAUUCUAUACGUAGCCUUCUGUUUCGGACACCUGAUCCACGAGGGCCUCCAAUUGGGGCAGCAGAUACCGCACUUUAUGGGUUCCCAACUUCAGAGACUAAACUGUAGUCAAGUCACCGCCGUCAUUCUUCACGUGGUCAGACCGGUUUACUCCUUUUAUCAAUUAUUCAUGCUCUUCAAGUAUUCCAACAUCGUUAUUAAUCGUCACAAGGUGCUGGCCAGGUUCGGGUUGAUGCACGUGAUCGCCACCUGUCUGUGUUUCUGGUUCAACACUAUCGUGGAAGACACGCACGAGUAUUAUCAACACAAACAAACGCUCAAGUAUGGCUUAAAAAUCAACGCAAGUCUGCUAGACAUCUCCAAUCAAGUGUUGUUAGAGAACACCACGGAUCACGAAAAAACGAUAUUCUGCGCGGGAAAAACGGUGCUGUCCACCUGGGCCUUACAGGCUUCUCCGUAUCUCUAUCCUUUCACCAUCGAAUUCAACCUCCUGUUGGCCGGGGUGUGGAUCAUCAUGUGGCAGAACAUCGGACUGGAGACGUCGCGUGCCAAACCUCACCCCUUCCACGCCAAAGUUUCGACGGGGACCGACGGAGCCGAGGACGUCACAUACCACAGCAAUCUAGUCAUCAGCGCCGACUGCCACGCCUCCAACAAGGGCUUAUUCGCGGGCCUUUUCGUCCUCCUCAUCACCAUAGUGUCCGUCAUCAUUUUCUUCGUGUCCGCCUACAGCGAAGGAUACAGGAGCACGGCGGUGGCCAUCCACACCACCCAAGAAGUGGCACUGACCUCGCUGACCCUCCUGGCGGUGGUGGUGGCCUACCGGCAGGUGUCCAAACUGGAUUUCAACCCCCAUCCCAUCACCUUCCUGGACGACCUCUUGCUGUUCCUUCCGGUUCCUUUCUUCUUCGUCAAUUGCAUUCUGUCCACGUUGGCGGAGUUUUCGGUCGGAAACUACCUGCGGACGUCCGUGCACCCUCUGAUCAUGCUGCAGGUUAUCGUGCAGACCCCUUUAGUGGUGGACGGACUGAGGAGGUGCAGCAACACCCAGUCUCUGAGGUACAAGAAACCUGGCAGAGAAAUCGUAACUUUCCUCAUCAUAUGCAACCUGACCAUGUGGAUUGUCGGCACUUUCGAGAUCAGGAGCGUCGAACCCUUUUACAGUCAGGGAUCUUUCUACGGGGAAUUACAAUGGCUAUUGAUAGGUCACGCCACUCUACCCCUCAUGCUCUUCUACAGGUUCCAUUCUUCCGUCUGCCUGGUGGACAUUUGGAAAUCCGGAUACGAAAAAGGGGAGUGAGCGUUAUUUAUAGAAUACCCGAACGAUUUUCUGAGAAAAUCGUCGGCCCAAAGAAAGACAUUUUGUAUCUUAGUGUUUAUAUUUAUAUACCGUAGUUUUAUAACCGGAUGUACCGGUACCGGCUUCUACUUUAUACACUUAUUAAUUUAAAUCGCGUUUCGCGUACAGUACGUUGGUUACAAUAAACAAGAAUUAAAAACUACGCACGCUCCGUCUGGUGGUCGCUAGCGUCGACACAUCCGUGACGUAAUUCGACCACCAAACGAGACCAUCGUUUUUCUAAGAAAUGUUCGUAAAUUUUAAUUUUUAUUUAAGAAAAUUGGGCUAAGAGCCAAUUCGAUCAAGAAAAAAAAAAAAAAAAAAAAAA